AUGUUAUGUUCAUUCGCAUUCAAUUUGGUGAAUGGCUUUCAAGAUAUCAGACAGUUUGCUAUUUGCAAAUUAAAACUGGAACAGAAGCUAAAGGUGAUUGGAUUCAUGAAGAAAUUUGGAGGAAGACCUUUUGGUAUAUCCGUUGGCGGAUUCUUUUACGUGAAGAAAAACUUUUUAAUUCGGCUAUGGUUAACUUAUACUUCGUCACAGAUAUGCUUUGUAUUACUAUCAUUCGCAUUUGGUUCUAUACUAUUAGGAAAACGAUUUGUGGAAGUCUCCAAAGAAUUAGAAAAUACAAACCGAGCAACUAAAGCGUUUUUACAAAAUCUUAUGGAGAAAAUUUUGAAAUUAUGGGAAUUUUUUCAAGAAGUAAACGAAAAUUGGAGUAUUCUUUUUCCUGUUAUGUACAUACAUUUUGUUUACGAAUCCUGCUUUUUCCUUUUUGGAAGUCUUUUCGCCAAAAUAAAUGUCAUCUUACGUAUUUCUGUAUUUGUUACUGCAUUGAUAUUAUUAAUUGGAUCAUUGUUAGUUUCUUGGGCACUGUCGAAAUUUACAUCGAUUGUAUACGACAAUUUCAUUUCAAUUGGGAAAUUCUAUUCAGAACCUCUUUCCUUGGAGUAUAAAUUCAAAGUGAUUGGAUUCAUGAAGAAAUUUGGAGGAAGACCUUUUGGUAUAUCCGUUGGCGGAUUUUUUUACGUGAAGAAGAACUUUCCAAUUCGGGUAAUGAGUGGAUUGUAUUCAGUUUUCUCAACUCUAAUUCAGCUCACUGGAGUACUCCGACGAAAAAGUUGCACGUCAAGAAUAAAUGAAAACGUCGUAAUUACUAAUACAACUGUUCAUUAAUUACCAUUUGUUACUACACAAAAACAAAUUUGAGACUGGUUUUGUGGCAAAAAUUUGACAAUUUCACUGAUUAAUUAGAUAUUGAAUUACAUUUGUUGCAAAUGCACGAACAAAAUUGUAAUGUGUGGCCAGAAAGUUCUACUGAUAUUAAAUAU